UUGAUUGUUCUACCCCUGUUCCCACUCUCUCUACCCUCCCCGUAAUCUGUGACCACCGGGAUUUCUCAAGUACCACAUCAGCUAGAGCUGAUGUCGACGGAACAGGACACCGGGGAAAUGCCACGACGCAGUGCCAGGCUUGCAGUUCGUAGCUGUUCUGUGGUACCUCCACGAACCAAGUAUCAGCAACAGCGACUCAGCAAGCGGACGACUCCAGCGGCAUCGAGUACAGCAAUGACAGUACCGGUUACCACUGGGGUUCUUCCCGCAUGUCCGGUCCAAGGGGCCCUUGAACCGUUGGCUGAUUACCUACGGCGGCUACAGGUAUUCACGGAUGCCGUAGCUACCGCCAAGGCUCAGCAGGAGGCAGCAGAAGCAGAACGUCAGCGGCUGGCCAAUGAGGCGGCAGCCCAAGCUCAGCAGACUGCUGAGGCUGAUGCAGCGGCACGCGACAGACGGAAUGCCGCCAGCACGGAGUCCCUGAUUCAUAAUGAGAAUCAGUGGACAACGUUACUCCAAGGCAUGAUCUUUGUGCCUACGGACACACAGGCGGAUCCGACACCGGCGGAGGCAGAGAGGACUCACCUGGCUAACUUGAUGCUGGGCAUGAUGAGGGGAAUCAUGUGGAAUAACACACUGCUGCAGGCACACCUGCGCACGGAACGACAGCAAAGACAACAGCACCAGCAAGACAUUGCCGCUUUGACAGCUGUCGUCCGCAACGCAGCAACACAGCAGCAGCAACAGCAACAGCUGUUGAACUCCACUCUCGCACGCAUCAACAGCAUUGAGGCUAAGACCUCAGCAGCACCAGGCUGCACGACAGACACGGCAAAGCAGCUCGGGGAGCGCAUCGACCAUGUCGUCACGAUAAUCGGCGAUCUUGGUGAUUUCACCAGUCCGACCACGAUCAGCAGCACGGUGGCCGCCAUCAAGACGGACAUCACCAAACUGCAAACAAGACCGGACGCCGCUACAAAGAACUACAAGAUGCCGCACUUCAACAUCAGCAAGUUCGACGACUACAACAAGACAAACGCUUUGACAUGGUGGAAAGGUUUCCUCACGGAAGCAUCAUGCCGCACUGUCCCGGCUGACGACAUGAUGAAGGCACUCUACUUCCAACUAAUUGGAGGAGCGCAGGCAUGGAUGAACCAUCUGGCGGCCACCAAGAAAUGCACCAUCGCCGAACUCCACACGCACAUUUCAUGGAAGGAGUUCGAGCAACUAUGGUUCACUCGAUUCAUGGUCCGCAACGUCGUGAAGGCGGCCAUGAACGAGGUGUACACCAGCUCGCAAGGAAGCAUGCCAACUCGAGACUGGACAAUCAAGUGGCAGAAGAUAGUGACCAUGCCAUGCUUCGAUUUGAGUUUUCCUAACCAACGAUCCGAGUUCUUCUCGCGAUUGUGCACAGGACUGCGAACCGCACUCGGCAACGAGUACGAUUAUGCCUCAUUCCAGGCCAUCCUGGAUCGUGCGAACCUGGUCAUCCAAACAGAUGACAAGGCCGCGAACGAACGGCAGUCCCAGCCGCACUAUCUGGUACCACCAUUAGGCCAGCCGAGCCACGUGCACUUAGAUUGCGUAUGCGCACCCUGUACACCGUCGGCAAGUGAUCCGGUCAGCUCGCCACUGAUUUCCGAGGACUCGACGGCGUGGUCAAGACUUGAGGAGCUUGACCCGCUCACGAGAGAGGACUUCGCUUGGAUGCCUCUACCCUCAACCGGAACCUUGCCAAGGCCACAUUGCAAUGCCUUGAUGGCAAAUCUACGCUCCUAUUUGCACACUACAGUACCAGCUCCGUUGACGGACGACAGGGUAGCGGUUGUCAAUCUCCGCUCCUAUCUUGCGAAGGUUGACCGCGAGUACGCCACCCAAAGGUACGCCGAAACCGACGCGCCUUUGCUCUAUAUCCGCAUUCAAAUCGGAAAGGCAACCUGUAGUGCCUUGAUUGAUUGCGGAGCGUCUCGCAACUUUAUGAGUCAAGCCUUUAUGGCCCGCGCAGGUCUUGGCCCGCGCGUUCGAAGGAAGACGCAACCUACGCAAGUUACACUCGCGGACGGCCGCACGCAAAAGUCAAUUGACCGAUGCGUUCACGACGUUCCGAUAUACUUUGGGCCACUUGUGUGCGAGCCAGUAUCUUUUGACAUCCUCGACACCAAGUUUGACAUGAUACUAGGCAUAUCUUGGUUGCGUAGUGCCAAUCAUCCGGUGAACUUUCAUGACCGAACCGUUCAUAUCCGUGAUCGGAACGGAGUGUUAGUCCCAUGUACGGUCGCGACCCCUCACACUUCGAUUGCUUGUCACGUGGUUUCCGUUGCGAGAAUUCACGACGCCAUAGCUCGGAAUGACGUCGAGGAGAUGGGCCUUGUAUUCUUGCAUGCCCUCCCCUCGCCGGACGGACCAGCCGCGUCACCGCCGGACCCACGCAUUACUCACCUCUUGGACGAGUAUGGAGACGUCUUCGAGGCUCCCACCGGAACGGUUCCGGAUCGGCCCAUACGUCAUGGGAUCACUCUCGAGGCUGGUGCCGUCCCUCCGCGUGGAUGUAUCUACCGCAUGAGCGAAGAGGAACUCGAGGUGCUUCGCGCACAACUCGAUGACCUUCUCGACAAGGGCUGGAUUCGCCCUAGUUGUUCGCCUUACGGUGCACCUGUUCUCUUCGUCCGGAAUAAGAACAAAGAUCUACGGCUAUAUAUCAACUAUCGAAAACUUAACGCACAAACCGUAAAGAACGCCGGCCCUCUCCCUCGGAUUGAUGAUCUCCUUGAGCGGUUAGGCGGCGCGACGUACUUCUCGAAGUUGGAUUUGAAGUCAGGUUACCACCAGAUUGAAAUCCAGCCUCAAGAUCGGUACAAAACCGCGUUCAAGACGCGGUACGGGCAUUUUGAGUGGGUUGUCAUGCCAUUUGGCCUCACCAAUGCCCCCGCGACUUUCCAAGCAGCUAUGACGACUGAGUUUCGCGACUUGCUCGAUCGCAGCGUCCUCAUCUACCUUGAUGACAUCUUGGUUUAUAGUAGGACGUUGGACGAGGACAUCGUACACCUUCGCGCUGUUUUGGAUCGUUUGCGACUGGCCAAGUACAAAGCGAAUCUCGACAAGUGCGAGUUCGCCAAGCAAAAGCUUGAGUACUUGGGUCAUUUUGUCACGCCGAAAGGCAUUCGUCCCUUAGCGGACAAGAUCCAAGCCAUCGUGGAUUGGCCGGAACCCCGUUGCACAACGGAUGUACGCUCUUUCAUGGGUUUGGCUGGAUAUUAUCAGCCAUUCGUCGAGUCAUACUCGAAAGUGGCCGCUCCUUUGUCGAGACUUCAGUCCCCGAAGGACACGGUCACUAGCACGAUCGUGCGAUGGAUGUAUUACAUCGACCAGUUCGACUUUGACCCGUGCCACAUUCCCGAUCCCGCCAAUCGAGCUGCGGACGCCCUCUCACGACGGCCCGAUUUUUGUGCCAUUGUGACCACGAUAUUCGACCUCGAUGAUGAUCUGCAACCGCAUUUCGUCACAGGCUACAAGUCCGAUCCGACUUACUCUACGCUUUACGCAGAGCUUUCAUCGGAUCAACCGUCGGUUAGCCAUUAUCGGAUUUCCGACGGGUUCCUUCUCCUUCACACGAGAGGAAAGGACUUGUUAGUUGUGCCCCAAGAUCGCAUCUUACGGACUCGUCUUCUCGGCGAAUUCCACGACGCACGACUUUCGGCACACCUUGGCGUGAACCGCACAUUAGCACGCCUCCGCCAGCGUUUUCACUUGCCCGACGUCCUUCAUGACGUCACGAGGUACAUUGAGUCAUGUGCAGUUUGCCACCGUAACAAGGGUCGAUCUCGAGUCCUCUUCGGCGAACUAAAACCGUUGCCGAUUCCUCGGGCACCGCGCCUCUCCAUUGCUAUGGACGUGACAGGCCCAUUCCCCCGCGAUCGCCACGACCAUGACGGUAUUCUCACGGUCGUUGACCGUUUGAGCAAGUAUGCUCGCUUCCUUCCUUGCAAGUAUCAUGAUGCAGCACCUGAGCUAGCACGACUCUUGCACACCGGUUGGAUUACCAACCAGGGUGUUCCGGAAGACAUAGUGAGCGACCGAGAUACUCGCUUCAUGUCGGCCUUUUGGACUUCCCUCAUGGCUGAGUCCGGUACGACAAUGAAGCCGAGCUCGGCUCGGCACCCGCAGACGGAUGGCCAGACGGAGCGAGCACACCAGACCGCUCAGAUGAUGUUGCGUACGCUCAUCCGUCCCGACCAGAAAGAUUGGGUUGACUGGCUUCCCGACAUCGAGUUCGCCUAUAACACUUCGGUGCACCCGGCGAUCUGCGUCACACCAUUCGAGUUACAUCAUGGUGGAGAGAAAACACGGUUCUUCGCUGAUCUCCUUUUGCCACAGGCCGCCGACAUAGACGUCCCUUGCUCCCCCGCUUCAAUUCGGAAGUACCAGGACUUGCUGAUCAAAGCCCGCGCGAAUAUGCAAAAGGCUCAGAUCCGCAUGCAGCAGCAGGCUAACCGACGUCGACUUCCAUGUCCUUUCCGCGAGGGAGACCUUGUUUGGGUCCUCUCCGAGGAAUUUGCGCUCGAGCAGGACGUUUCGCGCAAACUCCUUCCGAAAUGGUUCGGACCAUGGGAAGUUACUUCUGCCGUUGGAGACGACCCCGCAGGUCCUUCCUUUGUGGUCAACAUUCCACCGCACCUUACAGUGCACCGGGUCUUCCACGCGUCGAAGCUGGCCAUCUACGCGCCACCUUCCGCCGACGAGUUUCCCGGUCGACGAUCACAGGAUCCGCCUUCUAUGGACGGACAUCAGGAAGUCGACCAAGUCAUCACGCACCACAAGUAUGGCAACAAGCCAAUGCAGUUCAAAGUCACAUUCAAACAAUAUGCGCCUGACGACAUUCGGUGGAUCUCUAGUGCAGACUUGCAGACUUCUGCACCCCUUAUCUUCGCCGACUAUGAGAAGCGACGCCUUGCCAAGGAAGCAGCUCGUCCCGCCCGACCCAUCCCAGUAUCGGACAGACAACUCCGCCCUCGCAGAUAGCUCGGUCUUUUAAGAGGGGGAGUGUGUUACAUCUUCGACGCCACACGGGUCC